AUGCAAAAUCAUCAGCUCUUUUCCGCUCCCCCUCCUCAUGCGGCUGUGCGUUCCUACUCUUUGCCCUUCCCCCCACCCACUCUCCCCCCACUCACUUCCCCUCCCCACGCCAACAGCACCUGUCUUGUGCUAGCUGCAAGAGCAAGAGAUGGGGAUACGGAGUGGAGAAGUUGCAUUUGCGUCAAGGGCAGCUUCAAAACCAUUUUCCACGGACAGGUGGACGAGUGGCUGGGAGAGCUGGUACGUGGCAGCAGGAGAGAGGUGGCGGCGAAGGUGCUUCACACGGAAAGCAUGAAGGCGUUUGAUGACUGCCCGGCGGAGAUACUAGUGCUGGGCAAUGCGGGUCUGUUGUAUGAGCUGGCGGAGAGGGGAAGCCUCCACCACUGGCUGCACUCCAACAGUGAGCUUCCACUCUUCCACGCGUG